AUGCCACUGGAUGGGCAGCUGUCACAAUCUGGGUCCCGUUCAAGCCUCAGAGUCAUUGUCCAAGUGUGGAUUGUGAUUAAGGAGUGUUCCUUUGAAGCAGAUACGAUUGGAAACUUCAUUCUCAUCAAAUGGGCCCUUGACUCCAACGGCAGGUUUCAUGACUCCUUCCGCGACGACAACAAGCAAAUUCAAGUCCAUGAUGUCAGGUUCAGACAGGAGAGAGAGGAGAAAGAGCGUGUCAUCGCGGAGAGUGGUUUGGAGGCAUACCUUGAUAUCCUCGGAGGACGAGAUGAAGGUUCGACAACCAUACAGCGAGAUUCUGAGAGCAGAGCGGCACGUAUUGAUGCCGCCCUGGCCCUGAGGUGUGCAGAUCGCCAGCAAUGGCCAACCACCCAAACGCACACUGACUCAGUCAAUAAGCAGAUUAAAGACAUAUCAACAGAGGAGCAGGUUGACAAGGAGGAAUACUACGAUGAAAUGCUCGGGAAGAAGUGGCUCGAAACAGCGCAAGAGCGACUGGAGAAUUUGGGCCGGGUGGAGAUCUCGGCUAACCAAGAGCCCGAUGAAACCCUGGCUGUCGAUCACGAUCGUGCUGGAACGCCAGACGACGGUGAGUUGUUGAGAGAUCCAGGCGCAGAUUAUGUUCCUGGAAACGGUGAGUAG